GAGCAGUGCUAAUGCCAAGCAGUGCACUGAGCUCUCAGACAGGAGCACUCUGUGCGUCUAAAUCAUGGACUGGGAGCCGUCAUGCUGAAAACUCGUGUGCUGCUGUUCUACACAUUCUCCCCGUUUACUCCGGCCCAGCUCAGGAGCCUGGAAGUGAGCUAGACUGCUACUCAGCUAGUUUUCAGCAGCAGUUCAAGUUGUUUGUUUUUAACCGAAUGUGUAGCUCUGUUUUUUGUUUACCAAGGCAUCACUCUGCUGUGAAUUAACAUUUUAUCCUGCAAACACCGGACCUGAGCUGACCUUCAUCUAACUAUGGAUCCGUUUGACAGCGACCGAGCUCCACUUCCCCGGAACAUGAUAGAAAACAGCAUGUUUGAGGAGGAACCUGACGUGGUGGAUCUGGCGAAGGACUCUCCCUCCUACCCCAUCGAUUCGGACGAUGUCACGUAUGAGCCGCGCAGCUCCAGAUUGCUGGUACGUGGCCUUGGCGAGAAUGAGCUGGAAGAUGAUGAAGAAGACUACGAGUCUUCAGCUAGACUCCUGGGCAUGUCCUUCAUGAACCGCAGCUCCAACCAGCGCAGUGCCACCGCCUCCUACAGCCGCCAGCAACCAUCCGGUUCGUGCGCCAGACCUUCUGCGAAGACCAUGGUGGUGGGAGUCUUGCUCCUUGUCCUCGUUGCCUCAUUGGUCAUGGUCCUCUACUUCCUGCCCAAGUGCACUUUUUCUAAAGAAGGCUGCCACAAGGCCAGCUCCACCAUGGAAGUCAUCUAUCCAAUCUCCAAAAAUGGCGAGCUUUUCCCAUGGACGGACCUGAGGCUUCCAACCAGCGUGCGUCCUGUUGACUACCAGAUCUCGCUCUAUCCCAACCUGAGCACCAUGACUUUCAGAGGGAGUGUAGCCAUCACUGUAGUGGUCCUGCAAGAGACCAAGAAGGUUGUUUUGCACAGCUCUGAUUUACAGAUCCAGAGCGCCACUUUCCAAGGCAAAGCGGUGAAGAUCUUGGAGUACGCGCCCUGGCAGCAGAUUGCUAUCAAGGUGUCAGAGGAGCUUAAAAAGGGACAAAAGUAUGUGCUGAAUAUUAGCUAUUCAGCAAACCUUUCCAGCAGCUAUGAUGGCUUCUAUAACAGCUCUUACACCGACACAAACGGAAUAAGAAGAGUUUUGGCUGCUACUCAGUUUGAACCCCUGGCUGCCCGCAAGGCUUUUCCUUGUUUUGAUGAACCUGCCUUUAAAGCCACGUUUUUAAUCAAGAUGAAGAGAGAAGCGGAGUACAUCAGCCUUUCUAACAUGCCUUUGGCCAGAACUACGCAAUUGUCGGAUGGGCUUUUUGAGGAUGAGUUUGAGAAGAGUGUCAAUAUGAGCACCUAUCUGGUUGCCUUUAUUGUAGCCAACUUCAGCAGUGUCCACAAAAAUGUCUCGGACACUCUGGUCUCUGUAUACGCAGUCCCAGAUAAAAAGGACCAAGUGCAUUAUGCACUGGAAACAGCUGCCAGGCUGCUGCAGUUCUACAAUCAGUUCUUUGAGAUCAAGUAUCCAUUGCGUAAAUUAGACUUAGUGGGGAUUCCAGACUUCCUGGCUGGAGCCAUGGAGAACUGGGGUCUCAUCACAUUCAGGGAGAUGACACUGCUCGUGGGUAAUCAUUCCUCCCCCAUGGAUAAACAACUCGUGUCCUCUGUUAUUGCCCAUGAACUUGCACAUCAGUGGUUCGGGAACCAGGUCACCAUGCGCUGGUGGAAUGAUCUCUGGCUGAACGAAGGAUUUGCAACAUACAUGCAGUACUUGUCUAUAGAGAAAGUUUUCCCCAAUCUUGACAUUGGCCUUGAAUUCCUGAAUGUACGUUUCGAAGCCCUUGCCAAAGACGCAUUGAAUUCGUCCCAUCCUGUGUCUGCUAAAGUAACCGCUCCAGAGGAAGUGGAAGAGAUGUUUGACUCUGUGUCCUACGAGAAGGGUGCCUCUCUUUUACGCAUGCUGAAUACAACACUUGGCGAAAACGUGUUCAGGAAAGGAGUGAUUGAGUAUCUGAAAAAGUACAACGGCAGCAAUACAGACAAGGAAGAUCUGUGGAACACCUUUUCACAGUUCACAAAAACAUCCAUCGACGUGGCGCAGAUGAUGAACACCUGGACUGUACAAAAAGGUUUUCCGCUGGUCACCGUGAACAGAACAGGCAACCAAGUGAAAGUAACACAAGACCAUUUCCUCCUCAGUCCUGGCAACACCACAGAACACAGCAACUUGUGGCACAUCCCACUGACGUACAUCAAUGACACUUGUAGCAGCUCAAUCUCCUGCAAGCAGAUGUUUUAUUUUAAGGACAAAACGGCCACGUUUAACGUUACCGGCAGUGUGAAGUGGCUGAAGUUUAACUACAGAAGUGAUGGCUUCUACAUAGUGGACUACGGAGAUGAAGGCUGGAGCGUACUGAUUGAGGCCUUGAAGGAAAACGUGAACGUUUUUCCACCGGAGGACCGAGCAUCUCUCAUUAAUAAUGCCUUUGCUCUGUCAAGGUUAGGAAAGGUUUCCUUCAGACAAGUGUUAAAUCUCUUGGGUUAUUUAAAGAAUGAAACCGAAACGGCGCCGCUGACUGAAGCCCUGACGCAACUCUGCUCCAUCUACAGGCUGCUUGAGAAAAGAUCCGAUUUAUAUCUAGUGUCCAAAAUGACGACAUAUAUUUCUAAUCAUUUUGGCAAACUGAUGGACAACCAGUCAUGGGAAGAAGAGACCUCUGUGUCUAAAGUGACCCUGAGGUCAGUCCUGCUGGAGACGGCCUGCUCGCUCAACAGACAAAGCUGCAUUGAGAAGGCCAAACACCUCUUUGAACAGUGGGCAUCAUUUAAUAAGAUGGUUCCUGGAGAUCUCCUGAGAGCAGUUCUGUCUGUGGGAGCCCAAACCGAGGAAGGUUGGAAUGCAUUAUAUACCAAUUACACAUAUUCCAUGUAUGACUCGGAGAAACGUAAAGCACUGGAGGCUUUGGCCAGCACUCAGGAUAUGCGAAAAAUCGCAUGGAUCCUAAAAGCAAGUCUGGAUGGAAAUCUGGUUCAGACCCCUGAAUUUCCUCUUGUGAUUAGCAGAGUAAGCACACAGUUUGCAGGUUACCUGUAUGCUUGGGAUUUUGUGAAGGAGAACUGGGAUAAAAUCACACAAAAAUUUUCCAUUGGCAGUUUCCCUUUGCGAAACAUAAUCAUGUCUACGACCAGCCAGUUCUCUACAAAGACGCACCUUGAGGAGGUUCAGAGGUUUUUCGGCUCUUUAAAGGAGAGGGGAUCUCAGAUGAGGAGCUUUCAGGAGGCCAUUGAGAACAUUCAGCUGAACAUGCUCUGGGUGGAGAACAACCUGGACACACUCCGGAAGUUUCUGUAGGCUCAGAGGGCCAACUUCUGUUCACGCCAACACACAUGCACAUACCCCUCAGGUGACGAGGCCGAGCACUUGUGAGUGAUGUUACAGCGAUCAUGGCCAGAGCCAAAUGUGUGCAGAGAUGAUGAUUUUUUUUUUAAACUUAAUUUAUGCCUAUUUUGAUUGUGUUUUUAUCUGCUCUCUGAUUAGCUUUCUAUAUUUUUUUUCUCCUUUUCCAUGGAAAACCAGAGGUGUUAAAAUCUACUGUUUAGUGGUAGCAUUUAGAUUUGUAUGUAAAUUGUCAGCACUCAGACCAAAAGCAAAUAAAAUUCACCUGGCAGAAAAGGGCAAAAAAAAAACAAUAAGGCAAUACAUGGAGCUAUUUUUGCCUUUGCACACUUGGCACACAUCUGAAAUUCAAAAAGAUCCAUCUCUUCCACCAAUACAUACACACACACACACACGUGUACACUUGGUCAUUUAUACAGUUCUCCAAUCAGCCAAUCAUGUGGCAGCAGUGCAAUGCAUCAAAAAAGUCAAAGUCCUUCCCGUUCCAGGACCUGGUCUUCCCAGGCAGUCUCCUGUGCCCCUACUAACCAGGCUCUUAAGGUGCAUUGGGCAGUGCCGAUUUCUGCUUCUAUAGCCCUCGGCCUCUUGCCUAUUAUACAGUGGGAGCUGGUCCUCUGGUAACAGACAGAGUUUGACUCCCCACUCACAUCUGUAUUGCAGCGUGCCUUGCCAGACAGCAGUAGGUACCAUUUUUGUGGCUACUGCAUCAUAGAAGCGAAGCGAGGCGGCAGCCGCUGUGUCCUCGUGUUGUAAGAAUAAGUGUAACACCUAACACCUACACAUAAGCAUUACAAUCACCAGAACGGCGAAUCGUGAUCUCAUGAUACGAACAGUUGAUCUCACGUCAUCAAAGGUACACAAGAACGAGUGGGGAAGCCACUAUGUCAUCGUGUUAUAAGAAUGAGCGUAACGAUAGCGAAACUUCGGAACCAAUCAGCACUUAUCCUGAUCAAGUUCGAUUACCCGUUCUACUUCUUGAUAAACUUCGGAACCAAUCAGAACCAGAAACGAAAUAAGAGAAACCUUGUUAUAACUUUGUAGCAUCGGAAGCUAAAAAGAUAAAUGAAAUUUACCUCAUUGUUCGUCAAGGCUACUCAUUCGAUAUCAAGUAAGUGGUGUUUAUUUUAAGAAAAUUUACCGUUUGAUUAUCAUAGCUUUUGUUUGGUCCUUCAGAAAGGUCAAAUGAAAGGUUUUGUAAGGUGUUUUUUUUUUUUUUUUGAGCUUCUUGGCAGAUAUGUUGAGAAGCCGAUAUCAAACAACUUCUGCUAUUCGCUUUAAUUUGUUAAUUUUUUUUUAUUUGAGAGUCUUUAUACUAGUGAAACAAAAUGUGCUCAUUAGUACUAAAUAAUGCUUCGAAGACAAUUUAUGAACAAGUGCUUUUUUACUAUUUUGAAAAUGGAUCUAGUUCACUUGAACAAAACACAGUUAACACAAUUGGUAACCAAAAUACUCCAAGCCCUGAUGCUGCUCACAGCUUGGUGGUGCUUGCAAGAGAUGAGGCGAGUAGAAUUGAUAACGUAAUUAUUUUUUUCGCCGUCCGGUUUCCAUCAAAUCCCGCGCUCUGAUUGGCUGGCGAGCGGGUCCGUAUCCUACGAUACGGACCUCUGGCGACUCGCUCGUUCACAACGACGACAAACAUGGUAGCAAUUUUUGUCAACAUUUAUUUUUGCAUUUCUCAGGAGAAUAGCAUUAAUUUUACAGCAUGGAUAGCGAUAACGACAGUGUUCACAGCGAAAGCGAGUUUUACUACCCUGAGGAAGAAGAAAUAAAAUAAAACACUUCAGGAGAAAGCUAAAAACCUCUAACUUGCUAACGCCGAGCAAAAACAUGGCUGAAUCCUGAAUGACUCAAUUUUGUAUAAAUAGGGGACUACAUAGGCAGCAAAAUGUAGUUUUUUUUCCUGCCAUGGAAGUGCACUUGUAUACCGAGGAGGAAGCGAUUUGCAUUACAGCCGUGAAUGAGGAUUCAAAAUGGCGGCUUGGCUCGGUUUUCCCUUUCGGGCGCUCUCGUUUUCUGGUAGAAUUUGGUAAAGAAAAAAAAUUAUUUACCAGCUUAAGAUCGGUCCGUAUGGUGAAAUACCGUGACCUCGGCCUUGAAUACUGACCUCGGCCCAAGACCUCGGUCAUGGUAUUUCCCGAUACAGACCUCCCAGCAGGCGGCACAGUGGUGUAGUGGUUAGCACUGUCGCCUCACAACAAGAAGGUCCUGGGUUCGAGCCCAGCAGCCGACGAGGGCCUUUCUGUGUGGAGUUUGCCUGUUCUCCCUGUGUCCGCGUGGGUUUCCUCCGGGUGCUCCGGUUUCCCCCACAGUCCAAAGACAUGCAGGUUAGGUUAACUGGUGACUCUAAAU